AUGCAGGCGCUCAACUUCGAGCCCUUCCAGGUGCUCGCGCUCACCGCGACGAUGCCGCCCGGCAAGCUCGAGCGAGAGGCGAUCUGGCGGUUGCGUCUCGGGGUGGAGGGUGAGAACCUAACCGUGCUGCGCGGGCCGGUGGACCGCGCCGACAUCUCAAUGGUGCGGUGCUUUCUCCCCGCCGGGUCUCGAGAGUCGAGUGCCAGCUACGUGUUGCGCGGGUGCAGGCUCGCGCGCGCUCUCGCCUCGGCUGCGUGGGCAGGACGCAAGCUCGCGUUUGUCACGAAGGCGACGUCGGCGCCCGCUAUCGCCGCGUUCCUCACUGCCCACGGCAUGCCUGCCCGCGCGUUUGCCACCAACGGUAUGACAGAGGAGGAGCGGCAGUCGAGCUUGGCCGAUUGGCGCGCCGACCCGGACGUCAUCCUCAUCGCCUCGUCAACAUUUGCCACUGGCGUCAACCACGCGGGCAUCACCGCGCUACUCCACUUCGGCCUCGCCCAGGACCCGCUCGAGCACUUCCAGGAGGAUGGACGUAUUCGCUCGUCUGGCCUCUCGAUUACGUUCUUGCGGCCGCGGUUCCUCGUCGAGCGCGCCACGCUCCCGGCGCCGAUGGAGCGCGCUCGUGCGGCCCUCAGCGCCACGACGCAGCUGCUCAAAGUGCUGACGCACGCCGGCUGCCUUCGUGCUGCGCUCGUCGGCUGGCUCGGCGGCAGCGUCGAGCAGUGCUCCGGCUUCCCCUACUACAUGGAGCUGCGGCCGGCGAGCAAAGCGGCGAUCGAGAUUCUCCGCCAGCUCUCUGAGGGCGAGGAGCUCCUGACUAGCGUCUUCGACGAGCCGCCCGCACUCGCACCAGCGCCGUUCACAGAAAUGAGCGCGCACGAGAUGGCGGUGCUGACAAUGGUUGGCAAAGGCGACAUCGGUGUUCGCGUCAAGGAGUCGUCGCACGGCCUUGCGCCACUGCUCCUCGCCGAGGCGAAUCUGGGCGCCCUGGCCGAGUACGAGGCGGGCAGCGAGGAGCUCUUCGUGUGGGUGUGGCAGCCGUCGAGUGACGAGCAGACUCGGGCGGACCCGCGAGAUGUAGCCGAGGCGCGCCAGCUCAUCGCGAUGCACCAGAGGAAAUCGGAGCACCACCGCGAGAUAGCGCGGCGUGUGCUAACCUCGAUGCUCGCCCGCGGCACCAGCCUCCAGGAGCUCGGGGUUCGCGGCGAAGCAGCGAGGCGGCUUGCCGCCCCGCCGCGUCGAGUCCGGCUCUGCGUCUGA